AUGCCAUCUCAAGGAGGCGUACUCACUGGAAUGAACCCGACAACGGUCAAUCCAGGAAAUCCACUUGUGCUAUUAAUCAUCCAGGUUGUGAUUAUAGUGUUCGUCACACGCUCUCUUAACGUCGUGUUAUCACGACUGCAACAACCACGAGUGAUUUCUGAAGUCAUUGGAGGAAUCAUCCUCGGCCCAUCAGUAUUAGGAAGGAUACCCGGGUUCAACAACACCCUUUUCCCUGAAGCAUCGCUUCCCUAUCUAAAAUUAAUAGCCGAUCUGGGAUUGGUGCUGUAUCUGUUCUUGGUUGGCGUCGAGUUGGAUCCUAGGAUGGUCAUGAAACGAGCGCGAAUGUCUAUUAGCAUUUCGGCUGCUGGGAUCGUGAUACCGUUUGCUUUGAGUAUUGCUGUUAGUCUGGGAUUGUAUAAAAUUAAUGAUGCGAGUGAAAAUGUUUCUUUUGCGAGUUUUCUGUUAUUCAUAGGGGUGGCUAUGGCGAUUACGGCGUUCCCCGUGCUUGCUCGUAUCAUUACUGAGCUCAAACUCCUUCAUACUCGAGUCGGCUCAACAGCCUUAUGUGCUGCAGUCGGUGAUGAUAUAACGGCUUGGGUUCUAUUAGCUCUUGUAGUGUCGAUUCUCAACGCUUCCAAUUCUCUUACAGCACUCUACAUCUUCUUGCUCGCCGUUGCCCAUGUCAAUGGUCCAACCGUCACAAUGAUGGCCAUUACUCUUAUUCUGGUUUUGACAUCGGCAUUUGUUACUGACAUUUAUUUCGCGCUUUCCGGACUUCAUACACAGAUUGGCUUACUUAAUGAUGCUGCUUCUUGGGGCUAUGUGUUUUUGGUACUUUUUGUCGCUAUGUUUGGCAAGAUAAGUGGAUGUAGUGCAGUAGCUAAAAUGUAUGGUCUCGAUUGGAGAGAAUCGCUAACUGUUGGUAUAUUUAUGAGCUGUAAAGGGCUUGUCGAAUUGAUCGUUCUCAACAUCGGUUUGGAGGCUGGUGUCAUUGGUGGAAAAGUCUUUGCAAUUCUUGUGCUUAUGGCCAUUGUAACAACUUGCGCCACAACGCCUCUCGCAAUGUGGGUAUACACAAUGCCUGCAAGACAAGCACGAGCCAACUUGGAGCUGACAUCUUACGACGCGCACGCUGGUCUCACUGCCAUCGAUUACUCUAAGAAGAACAAUAUACUAGUUGUAUUAAACAAAGUUGAAUUCAUAUCGUCUUUGAUGACUUUACUUCAGCUCCUUCAACCAACUGCUUCACGACGCGAUUCCAUCUCUAUACCUCGCGACGAGAAUAACUCAAACAGAUCAAAUGGCUCCGAAGAUACGAUAAUGCUUCAUGUUUUGCGUCUAAUGGAACUGGGUCAACGUCUAUCAGCAGUUAUAAAGUCGUAUGAAUCCGCCAAAAUUGCCCAUAAUGAUCCUAUCAUGAACGUGUUCCGUAUGUUCGGCAGGCUAAACUUUUUUGAUGUCGAAGCCACUUUAUCAAUUAGACCAUUUCACGAAUUUGCAGAUCAAGUCGUACAAAGCGCGAAACAAUCAUCAGCUAAUCUUCUAAUAAUACCCUGGAGUGGCGCUGGCUCGACUGCGUACGAUACGCCUGAGGAUUUUUAUAAGCCUCGGGAAUAUUCAGACACUAAUCCUCAAGUAGCUCAAUUCAUACAAGAGGUAUAUAGGAUGAUUGGUGACAUAACAGUAGGCGUAUUCAUCGACAGGGGCCUAGGCAUGUCUCCGGGUAGAACCGGGGGUCGAGAUGUCAGUAUUUCCGUAUUCGUUCCGUUUGUUGCUGAUACUGAUGACCGCGAAGCAUUAUCGCUACUCGCUCGAUUUGCGGAGAAUCCACGUGUCGAGGCAACAGUGCUAAGAAUAACAAAAUCAACAGAGCCAACCGAUAAUGACAGUCAUAUAAUACCUGUAUCCACACCAACAGUAAAGACGUCACAGAUUAACCCGGAUGAUACACGGACUGAUGAAGAGGGACCAGUCAACCCACAACUAGCAAAUCUGCAAAAACCUCCACCGGCUCAUCACAUGUCAUCUGCUUCGAUUUCUGUUAUUAACUAUUCUACUGCUGAUCGGAUAGCAUCUAAUGCGGCUGACGAACUACUUAUUAACAAGUAUUUUGGUCCUCAUGGUACGCUCGCUUCUAAUCCGCGCGUAAAGUACAUUUCUCUAAGAUCUUCUACACCUAUGCAAACUGCUGUUGAGUAUGCUAAGGGCGUAGUUGAAAGGAAAGAUCUUGUAAUAGUUGGACAUGGAAAACGCAAUGUUACUUAUAGUCAUCGUGAUGAGUGGAUGGAGAUAAUUAGACAAUUGAGAAUCGGUAGUAAUGAUAUGCGUAGGAGUCUCGGUGAGAUGGCCACUGCUAUGCUCGGUGGUGGUGUAGAAGCGAGUAUAUUUGUUGUUCAAGGAAAGAAGGAACGUAAGUAA